AUGGUACUUUAUUUUGAGAAUAAACAUCAAUUUAAAUUUGAUUUUGAAACUACAAGUUUAGCUUAUUUCAAUAGAUAUCCUAAUCCUUAUGCUAAACAUGUAUUAUCAAUAGAUACAAUUGAAUCAUAUAUUGAUAAUCAAGGUCAAUUAUGUACCACAAGAUUAAUUGUUAAAACUGGUCGAUUACCAAAUUUUAUUAAACCUAUAUUAGGUAAUAGUUUAAAUUCUUGGAUUAUUGAAAAAACUAUAAUUAAUCGUCAUGAAAAAACUUUGGUUUCUUAUACUAGUAAUCUUGAUCAUCGGAAAUUUAUUCGAGUUGAAGAAUAUCUUAAAUAUAAAGGCACACAAAGUGAAAAUGGUUAUGGAUUGACAAAUUUAGAGAGUAAAGUGAAAUUUAGUUCAAAUUUAUUUGGAUUUAAACAAAAAAUUGAACAAUGGAGUCAUAAAAAAUUUUCUACAAAUAUUAAAAAUUCUCGUGAAGGAUUACAAUAUGUUAUGAUGAAAUUAAAACAACGAAGUUAUUAA